CAUUCUGUGAUAAAAUGGAUAAGCCAUUUGGAAAGACGGAUAAGAUGGUGUCCACAAGACAAAGAUACCAAGCUGCUUCUGCUGGAUGUUUAGAGUUCUCCGUAGAAAAAACAUAAAAACCCUUGUUUCCUGCGUAAUUUUUCUUUCCUUCUUGCAAUUCACGACUCACGAGCAGAAAAAUGGCAUCUCUACAAAGCUUACCGGCCACCCAUCGGACAUCGUUUCCGAGUGCUUCUUCUCAGUUGGGGCUUAAAAAGCCAGCAUUCUUCCUUCGCUCUAGAAGAGGCGCUCCUUUUCUCGUCCGGGCAGAGCAAAUGCCUGUUGCCUCAACUUCUCCUCGACAAGAUAGACAUGGGAGACGUGGAGUGCUCACUACUGGAGCAAUCAUCACGUGGGUUUCUCUGUUCAAUCAGACCCCAUUGACAUUUGCUGCAGAAACUAAGAAAGGAUUUCUGGCAGUCUUAGACAAGAAGGAUGGAUAUUCAUUUCUCUACCCUUUUGGGUGGCAGGAAAUAUACAUUGAAGGUCAAGACAAGGUAUUCAAGGAUGUAAUUGAACCAUUAGAGAAUGUCAGUGUAAACAUGUUCCCUACCAGUAGACAGGAUAUUCGAGAUCUUGGUCCCCCACAAGAGGUUGCUGAGGCCUUAAUAAAGAAAGUUUUGGCCCCGCCUUCACAGAAAACCAAGCUUGUUGAGGCCAAAGAGCACGAUGUUGACGGGAAAGCUUAUUAUACAUUUGAGUUCAUUGCUCAGGCUCCAAAUUAUACUCGGCAUGCUCUUGCUGCAGUAUGUAUUGGGAAUGGUAAGUUUUACACUUUGACAACAGGAGCCAAUGAAAGGAGGUGGGAGAAGAUGAAAGAUAAAUUGAACACCGUCGUUGAUUCCUUCAAGAUUUUUAAUGUAUGAGUCAAAUCUUCAUAUAGGAGAAGGUUCCCACCAUUGGGGACUUUGGCUUGACAGUCUUACA